CUAAUAUGUAAAUAUCAACGAGUCACAUUCCUAUCUUCUUUGUGCUUCCAGCCGCAGAUAUCUACAAAUAUGUUGCACUUGCCAUUGGACUAGCCCUAGGCCUCUUCUAUGCAACAAAACUUGUCAUGUUUCCUAUGGGUCUGUCGUUUUUUAUCAUCAAAUUUCUUAGAAGGCAUUUGUCCGUGUAUGAGGAAAUAGAAGGCUUCCUACAAAGCAAUAACGAACUCACAGCAAUCAGAUACUCCUACUCAGACAUUAAAAAGAUGACCAAAGGUUUUCGAGAGAAACUAGGCCAAGGAGGCUAUGGUCAUGUUUACAAAGGAAAACUCCGAAGUGGAAAUGAAGUAGCAGUAAAAAUGCUAAGAAAAUUAGGAGGAAAUGAGCAAGACUUCAUGAAUGAAAUUGCAACUAUUGGAAGGAUCCAUCAUGUCAAUGUGGUGAAACUUGUUGGAUAUUGUGCACACGGAUCCAAACGCGUCCUUGUGUUUGAUUUCAUGUCAAAUGGUUCCUUGGACAAGUACUUAUUCAAUCAAGAGAAAAUGUAUUCUUUGAAUUGGACCAAGAAAUUUGAGAUUGCAGUGGGAGUGGCUCGAGGGAUUGAGUAUUUGCACCGAGGUUGUGACAUCCAGAUUCUGCAUUUUGACAUCAAACCUCACAAUGUGCUUCUCGAUGAUAGCUUCAUCCCAAAAGUAUCAGAUUUUGGGCUUGCGAAAUAUUUCUCCAAAGAAAAGAACAGUGUGACCUUGACCGCAGCCAGAGGUACCAUAGGCUAUGUUGCUCCCGAAUUGAUCAACAGAGGUAUUGGCACAAUCUCAUACAAAGCUGAUGUGUAUAGUUUUGGAAUGAUGCUAAUGGACAUAGUUGGCUUAAAGAGAGAUUUGGUUGGAAACAAUGAUAGUUCUAGCAAGUAUUUUCCGUAUUGGAUAUAUGAUCACAUCAACCAAGGCAAGGACUAUACUGAAAUUGGAUGUGUUGAUGAAAAUGGCGGUGCAAGGGAAGUUUGUCGGAAGAUGACAAUAGUUGCAUUGUGGUGCAUACAAAUGAAUCCAGGUGAUCGUCCUUCGAUGAAUGAAGUGUUGAAAAUGUUGGAAGGAGAUGUUGAGCGUAUGCGGAUUCCUGAAUAUCCAUCUCAGUCAACGCAGAUAGUAGCAAAUUUGGAUCAAACCGGAACUACGUGCUCGUCAGAUUAUGUGUCAUUUCCACACCAUGAUGAUUCUUUUCCCAGUGUGGAGAUCACUGUGCAAGAGUGAUCAGGUUUGCAGAAGCAGUCUACAUCAGUAAUAUGUACAUAAG